UAUACAAUGCGCGCCAAUCUCCAUGGCUCUUGAUAAGAAUCUCUCGCAUGAGUUGUCAUGCGAUCAUUGAACGCAAUGCAUCAAUAUGAAUUAUGGCUGUGUCUAUUGGUCAUAUCGUGGCUGCCUGGAUAUAUAGCACAAUCCUCAUAUGUGCUGCCUGAUGAACUGAGCACCGAUCUCGAUGGCUAUCAAGCGGUCUUAAGACGCACAGCAAAUCGUGAAGAUAAGUUGCAAAUCUUUCAGACCCUUUGGGGUGCCAUACGCAAUGAUUUCGCCAAGGAUACGAAUAAGGUUAAGAGCCUCUACGAACAAUUGAGCCAUUUCAUAACCAAGGAGAUGCCCUGCAGCAGUGGCCAACAUUCCCGAGCCAUCUGUGAACUUCAGCAGGAAGUGCGGCGGCAUUUGCGCACCUUGAUGGCUCAACAUUUGAGCAAUUUGCUAAAUGCCAAGGAGCCAAUAGGCUCGUAUGGCAUGGAUAUGGCAGCCAGUGUGGAACCGCGUCUAAUACGGGAUAUACUCCAUCUAAUGAUCGUUGACAUAUACUUCCAUCGGCCGCUGGAUCAAUUGGUCUUACAGCUCGAGGAACUGCAUGUGGCUAAUAAUGAGGUUAGCUAUCGCAUAAUGAUCGAAUCCCAAUUGACGCUCUAUUGGCAUUAUCGUCAACUUGGCGACGACAACGCUGCUUACCUCUUCAAGUUGGCCCUGCUGUUGGGUAAAAUCCAAACGAAUCAUAUGUACCAGAGCAUCGAUGCGUCGCUGCAACGACGUGUCCAGGCAGUGCAUAACAAUUUGCCACCCGUUCUGGCUAAUCUCUUUCAUAGUCAAGGUUUCUGUCUUAUCAAUCGAUUGCAUCAGGAAUAUGUGUAUACAACAAUUUCCGAUGAUUUCAAUUAUGGCUUGAAUGGACGUCAGGUCUUUACAUGGCAUGAGAAAAACUUCACCGAUUCGGCUGGAAUCAUACGAGCCUUUGCCCAAGAUCGAGAGAACGGCCGCUACGAUGGCAAUCCGGUUUUCUCAUUGCGCAGCGAACUCUUUAAAUGGUAUUUCUUCAUAGAUCCCAGUCAGGAUAAUCGUUUGGCUGCCCUACGCACUGGCCAACCGAGUUCAUCGUCCAGUUACUGGACCAUUAGCAUUGUCGAUCCGAACUAUUUGAUGCUAAAACAACGUGAUUUAUCCCUAUGCUCGGAUCGAAUGCAUGACAAUGAGCGACGCCUCAUCAAAAUGUUGCCAGGUCCACCAUCAAAUGCCUGCCAAUGGCAACCAAUUCAGUGUGUUCCUUCCACAUGAGAGGGGACACAAUUCGAUUUACAAUUUGGUUUUUUAUUUCUCCAAAAAAGUUGAAUAGAAUAUCAAUAAAAUCUAUACCUACAUCUAUA